UAUUGAGUGAAGUGAGAACAGUGAAAAGAGUUAGGUCGAAACUGAAACUGAGUCUUUUCGAGUGAAGUAGUUCGAGUUCCCUUAUACCGUGGAGUGAAGUUGUCAUUCUUUUCUUGCAUUAUGAGCUGAGCUUAUGAGCAGAGGGAGGCUGAAGGGGCUGUUUAUCAUUAGAAAUGAGGUAAUGGGAAGUCUUUUGAUAAAUCCGACAUUUUCUGCAUUUUCGUACAUGAUAGGAUGUUUUAUUUUCAUGAUUGGAUAUUUUCCAACUCCAAGAAGCAUAUACAGUGGAAGCAACAACUAUAAUGAAAGUGUUGUUUUGGAAGGACAUUCUCCAAAAUUGGUUUGGAUGAUAAUUGAUGCACUCCGAGCAGACUUCACCCAGGAUGAUGGCAAGGUUGCAUUCCUUGACAAGAUGAAGAAUGCAGGCCAUGUGAGAUCCUAUGUGGCACUGGCUGAACCACCAACUGUCACCCUGCCAAGAGUUAAAGCGCUGACCACGGGAACAGUGCCCGAGUUCCUGGACGUCCUUCGGAACUACGACAGUGGCGCACUGUCCCAGGACAGCCUGGUGCAGAGCCUGCACGCCGCUGGACGCCGACUAGUCUUCUAUGGUGACGACACAUGGCUCCGCUUGUUUCCAGAGUCGUUCGUGCGACAGGAAGGCACCCAUUCGUUCUUCGUCAAUGACUACACAGAGGUGGAUAAUAACGUGACUCGUCACCUGUCCGCCGAGCUGGCGCGUGACGACUGGGACGUGCUGAUCCUCCACUACCUGGGACUGGACCACAUCGGCCACCUGGCCGGACCCAACAGCCCGCUGAUUGGCCAGAAGCUCUCCGAGAUGAGUGACGUCAUGGAGACGCUGUACCGGGGGAUCGGCAGGUUCGCCAAGCGCGGCCCGCCUCCCGUGCUGGUGGUGUGCGGUGACCACGGCAUGAGUGAGGCCGGCAGCCACGGAGGCUCGUCGGCCCCGGAGACCCAAGUGGCGCUGCACUUCGUCAGUCCGCUGUACGCGGGCCAGCGACAGGCGGAGCCGGGCCGCCGGGUGCGCCAGCUGGACCUGGCGCCGACGCUGGCCGCGCUGCUCGGGGUCCCCGUGCCGGCCGAGUCCGUGGGCCGCGUGCUGGAGGACGCCGUCCUCCCGCUGGGCCGGCGCCGGCUGGCCGCCGCGCUCAUCAACACGGGCCGGCAGCUGCUGCGACUCAGCGGGAACCUGCCGCACGCCGCCGCCAGCGCAGACGUUGAAGCGGAGAUACUGUCCAGAGCGGAGCAGCUGCUGUCCUCAGAGCCCGGGCAGGAUCCUGAGGAGGCCGCCGAGCGGGCGGCGGCGGCCGCCAGUGGCGCCGUGCAGCGGCUGCAGGCCAAACUACUGGCGGGCACCGCCCAGCACGACCCGGCCGCCAUGGUGCUGGGCGCCCUGCUGCUGGUCCUGACUCUGGUGGCCUCCUGUGCGGCCCCCGGCCCGGUGUCGGCGGCCGCCCUGUCCGCCGCCGUGCUGGGCUGUGCGGCGGCGCUGCUGCUGCUGUGCGGCCUGCUGCCGGGCGGACGGCUGUGCGCGGCCGACGGCGCGGCGCCGGCUCUGCUGCUGGUCGGCGCCGGCUCCCUGGGGGUGGCGCACCUCUGCUCGGCCGCCGGCCGCCUCAGCCGCCGUCACCGCCUGCGCGACAUAUGGCCGCACCUGUCGCCGCUGGACUGGCUGCUGUGCGGCGGCUGCGGCCUCCACCUGCUCAGUCUGGGCGCCACCAGCUUCAUCGAGGAGGAGCACCAGACCUGGUACUUCUUCACCACCACGCUGUGGCUGCUGCUGCUGUGGUCCGAGCUGCGCCGGCGGCCGGGCGCUCCCCGCUCCGCCGGCCGCCGCGGCUGGCUCUGCGCCGCCCAGCUGCUCUCCUGCGGCCUGCUCAGACGCUGGAACCAGACGGGCGACAAGUGGCUGCACCUGCCGGACAUCGGCGACUGGCUGACGGCCGAGGGUCACCGGCCGUGGCUGGCUGCGGUCUGGGCGGCCGGCCUGCUGCCGCUCGCCGUCCUGCUGUCCGUCAGUGGCGGCGGGGACGGGGCCGGCUGGGCGGCGGCCGGCGCGCUGUGUCUCCUGCUCCGCGGGCUCGCCGACGAGCGGCUGCUGGGCGUGGCCCGGCUGCCGGCCGCGGCCGGUCUGUGGUCCGCCCAGGCCGUCUACCUGCUGGUGUUGUCCGGCGCGCUGUGGCCGUCCGCCGGCGGUCGGGUGGCCCGCCUGCGCCGCUCCUGGCUGCUGCUCGGCGCUCUGCUGGUGCGGCCGCACAACCUGGCCGCUUGGGCCGGCUGCGCGCUGCAGAGCGGCGCGCUGCUCGCCUGGCUGGACACGCUGCCGGCGCCGGCGCCACUGACGGCCGCGCUGACCGCCCACUGGACCGGCAUGGCCGCCUUCUUCUACAUGGGCAACUCCAACAGUCUGUCGAGUGUGGACAUCUCGGCCGGGUACGUGGGGCUGACCGGUCACAACAGCGCGGUGGCCGUACUGCUCACAGCCAGCCACACGUACGCCGGGCCCGUGCUGGGUCUGCUGACUGCUCUCCAGUACGGAGAGAAGCACAGGUGUUUCCGGGCGGUGCUGCACGCGCUGGUCACUGUCCGCGGCCUGGUGCUGCUCGUCUACUGCUGUCUCUCGGCCGCCUUCCUCCACCACAUAUUCGUGUGGACCGUGUUCUCGCCCAAACUGCUGUACGAGGCCGCCUGGACGGCCGUGGUGGCGGCCGUGGCCGCCGUGACGUCAAUGGCGGUGCGCCGGUAACGUCAGUGGUGACACGCCGGUGGUCGCUGUCGCUGGAGCCGGUAUCGAACUGUGGAACCAGCAGCGGGUUAUUCCACUUGACCACUCGACCGGUGAUUACAAGGUGAACUGUGAUGUGUUAACUUCUAUUUAUGAGCUUUAAUGCGCGUCGCCUUGUUAUUGAUACGGAGGUUUACAGGUGUCGAGUGUCGACUGAUGUGUGUGGUGAGCUCAAACACUGCCUUGAUGAAGAGA